CUUCUAUGUAAACAAAAAUGUCCCUCAAAGUGCACGCUCUGAGGGGUCUGGUGAUGGAGAGGCUCGCUGCUGCCGCAGAUGAGAUUUUUGCGCUUUUUGAACGAACAUUUGCGCAAUAUGAAGAGGAGGUUCUGCGCAAAUUACUGCAACAACCGCAUGUGGUGCUUUACAAAGAAGAUAUCCAGGCAGUAACUGUAGGUGAAGACCAAGUUAUCAAAGAGGAACUAAUCAAAAUCAAGCAGGAAGUGGAUCCACCAAGCAAACUCCAAGAUCCUUCUGUAACUGUAAAAUCUGAAGAACCAGAUCCAGAGAAGGAGACCAGACUGAAUGCGAGCGGAGAGCAGUGCGAUGGAGAGGAGCCAGGCUGCAGCACAGAUUUGAGUUUGGACAAUAACAGGCGACCCUACAGCUGUUCAGACACAGAUGAUUCAGACAAGUGGGAAACUACCAACAGCAAUGGAAAAGAACAAAAUGCAAAUCUUAUGAAAGAUGCAACAGAAAAUGGUGUAAUUUGUGGUAAUAGUUUAAGUAGUGACACAGUAAUGUCUAAUGAAUAUAGAGCGAUAAUCCACAGAUGUAGUCAGUGUAACAUGUCAUUUGAAAAGGUGAGCGCUCUAGAGGUACAUCUCCGGUUGCACCCAGGACCAUUCACCUGUGAAAUCUGUCACAAAAACAUCAGCCAGAAAAGGGCUUACCAACAACACCUGCGCAUGCACACUCAAAAGAAACCUUACAAGUGUUCCGUUUGUAAACGUAGCUUUAAACAGAGUUGUCAUCUAAAACAACACAUGUUCAUCCACACUGGAGAGAAACCAUUCAGCUGCUCAUAUUGUGGGAGGGGUUUCAGACAGCAGAAUUCACUCAUGAGGCACGUCUUAUCCAGGCACAGUGAAUACAAGCCUUUCAAGUGUUCAGUUUGUCAAAAGGGGUUUGUUCAAAAAUAUAAUUUUGAAGUUCACUUGAGGAAGCACACAGGCAAACAUCGAUUUAGGUGUUCUGUGUGUGAUAAAGGUAUCGAUUCACUAUCUCAUUUCAAAAGGCACCUGAGCCGUCAUAAAGCAGCAGGUGAAGUCAUGAGUGAAGAGCUGCAAUAAUUUUCUGAACUGUUGCCUGUCCAGACUGAUAUAUCUCAGUAUUUUUAUACAGAUUGAUAUCAGCCUGGUGGCUACUCCUCCCGUUGUGUCCCAAGCCCGGCUAAAUGAGAGCAUGCAAUCAGAUAAGCUUUUUUCAGUGACGCAUGUGAAACGAAG